AUGUUCGAUUCGUUGGAGUUGAUAUUUAAAAGUCCAUUAAAUAGUAAACAAAUUAUUUAUUUAUUGUCAUUAAUUAAAUCAGAUAUUUCUACUAAAAUGUUUAUCAUUAUUGUCGAAAUUAGCUUCGUGAAAUUAACACUUAAAGAUUUUGCAUCUGAAGUGAGAGCGAAUCUAGAUAUUGAUAUGUUUAUAAAAGAAGCAACUCUUUUAUUGGAUUUGGAUGGAUCCACCCUAGAGGAUAUAAUUAGUUCAAUGUUAGAAGCAGUUUUUAAUAAUCGUCCUAUUGUUGAUACAGCAACAUCAACAACAACAACUACAACAGCGAAUAUGACACCAAGUAGUCCUAGCUCUCCUGAUGAUACCGAUUCAGUUCAAUGGUCAAGAACUUCAGCGACUACAACUAGUGGUUUUGGACCAAAAGUAAAUUUUUCAAUAACUGGAAAUUCAGAUAAAACUAAUUUAUCAAAACUGGAUAUUGAAAAUAUGAAACUUGAAGCUAAAAAUUCUCUUAUGAUGCAGAUUAGUUAUGAGGGAUAUACAUAUCAAAGGCUCGCAAAAACAAUCAAGGGAGUUUCACUGAGAGAUGGUGAUUGUUUGUCAACCGAUCAAAGUUGGAUUUGUGCCAUGUGUUCAUUAAGAUCAAUUCAUAAACGAUAUCUUGCUUUGGCACGAUUAAAUAAUCCAGUUAAUUUUGGCAGGUCAAGUGAAGGAACUUAUCUGAUUGUACUCAUAAUAACACCAACGAAAGAAAAAGGUACCAAAAGUGAAAUUGAAGUUGGUCGAACGUUUGGCACAAUUCUAUCUGAUCCAAUAUUUCGGCAAGAAUUAUUAUUUGCUACUGAUGAAAAAGAAGUAAAAUUACUAUUAUGGGAUAGAGCACAACAGUUGGCAGCGCAACAGUCAACUGAUAGACGUAGAUCAUCACAAUAUCUUGAUAUUAGAAAUCAAACUAUCGAUUUAAGUUCUCAGUCAAAGAUUGGCAAAGGAAUUUAUUUAGAUCUAAAGCGUAAAAUUCCAUAUUAUUGGUCGGACAUAACUGAGGGUAUCUGUGGAAAAAAUACUAUGCGUAAAACGAUAUCAACUAUUAUAUUCCUAUACUUUGCUUGUCUACUUCCUUCAAUCGCAUUUGGAUUACUGAAUUCAAAAAAUACUGAUAAAAAAAUGGAUGUUACACGUGUAAUAAUGGGUCAAACGAUAGGUGGAUUAUGUUAUGGAGUUUUUGGAGGUCAACCAUUACUUGUACUUUUAUCAACAGCUCCAUUAGCAUUAUACAUAAAAAUUAUUUAUACCAUAUCUGAAACAUAUUCCAUUAAUUUUUAUGCAAUGUAUGCAUGUAUUGGAUUGUUUAAUAGUUUAUUUUUAAUCAUUUAUUCUGUUUGUGGAUUUAGUCGUUGGAUGAAAUGGUCUACAAGUUGGCCUGCCGUACUCGGAUCUAUCGGUAUAGCUAUCCCAUUAUCACUAUUAUUUUAUAUGGAACAAAAUAUUGCCAGUGCUAUCCUGAAUUCUCCAUCUAAUAAGCUAAGAAAAGGACCAUCAAAUCAUUGGGAUUUGUUUGUCAUAGCACUUAUCAACAUUAUAUUGUCAAUAUUUUGUCUUCCAUGGGUUCAUGCAGCUUUACCUCAUACUCCAUUACACGUGAAAGCCUUAGCGGAUAUGGAAGAGCAUGUUGACGGUGGACAUCAUAUUAAACAAACUGUUAUUCGAGUACGUGAAACAAGAUUAACAUUAUUUAUUUCACAUGUACUCAUUGGAUUAUCAUUAGCGAUGAUACCUUAUCCAUUGAUCUAUAUACCUCCACCUGUGUUAAAUGGCCUAUUUAUUUAUAUGGCUAUAACAGCUUUACAAGGCAAUCAAAUGUUUGAAAGAAUAUUACUUUUUAUUACAGAACAAUCGGCUUAUCCACCAUCACACUAUAUAAGACGUGUACCACAAAGAAAACUCCAUUUAUUUACAUUUUUCCAGCUAAUACAAUUGGGAUUUCUAUGUGCAUUUGGAUUCGCACCUAGUCCAUAUGUGAAAUUAAUAUUUCCUGUAAUACUUGUUGUACAAAUAGUUUUAAGACAUACACUUAUUCCUAAAGCUAUUGAUUCUAAAUAUCUUGAGGCGCUGGAUCGUCAUUUUUAA